AUGGCCUUUGAGGAACUUCUACAACAUGUAGGCGACAAUGGGAAGUUUCAGGUUUUGACAAUUAUCUUUUUCAUGCUUUCAAGUAUCCUGACAAGUCCUCAUGAUUACAUUGAGAACUUUACAGCAGCCAUGCCCGAUCACCACUGCCAAUUCCACCUCCUUGGCAAUCCCAAAUUUGAAGCCAAUGUCACCAUAAACCUGACAGCUGAAGCUCUUCUGAGGGUCUCCGUCCCUGUGGGCCCAAACCAGAAGCCUGAGCAAUGUCAUCGCUUUCGCCAGACCCAGUGGCAACUCUUAGAUCCCAAUGUGUCAGCUGUCAAUUAUACUGAUCCUGAGACAGAGCCAUGCCUGGAUGGGUGGAUAUAUGACCAAAGUGUUUUCACCUCUACCAUCGUUACGGAGUGGGACUUGGUGUGUGAUUAUAAGUCAUUCAAAUACUUUGCACAAGCCAUCGCCCUGUCAGGGCACUUGGUGGGCUCUGCUCUAUGUGGCCUCAUUUCUGACAGGUUUGGACGGAAGCCACUGAUGGUCUCUUGUUGCCUGGCCUACGGAAUCCUGAGCACCUGCUGUGCCUUCUCUCCGGUCUUCACCAUUUACUGUAUUCUGAGAUUCAUGUCGUCUGUCUGCCUGAGUGCAGUUCUAAACAGCACUUGCGUAUUUCUUUUUGAAGGAAACUCAUCAAAAUGGCAACUAGUGGCUACCAUGCUUUUCUCCUUAUCUGGGAGUAUUGGCCAGGCAUCAUUUGCAGGCGUGGCUUACCUUUUCCGGGAUUGGCACAUGCUCCAGUUGGUCAUUGCCUUGCCCUAUCUCAUUCUUUCUCUCUUUUCCUGUGGGAUCUCAGAGUCAGUCCGCUGGCUCAUGGCAACCGGAAAAACAGAACAAGCAUUAAAAGAGCUCCAGAGAAUUGCUCGUAUUAAUGGAAAGAAAGAGGUGGCAGAAAGUCUGACUUCUGAGAUUUUGAUAUCCAAAAUGAAGGAAGAAUUGAAUACCAAGAGAGAAUCUUUCACAAUGAAAGAGAUCAUGUGUAAACCUGCAGUAUUCAAGACAGUGCUUUUUUUGUCCAUUUUAGGGUUUUCAGUAACAUUCAGCUUCUAUGGUCUCCUGCUGGAUAUUGAGAAUUUGGGGAAAAACAUAUUCCUGACCCAGUUUCUACUAGGAAUAACAGACUUGCCUAGCAAAUGUCUUUCCUAUUUUAUAUUAAAGUAUAUCAACCGUCGCCCUUCAAGCGGCUUUUCACUCAUUAUUCUUGGAGUUUCUAUUCUGAUCCCUAUAUUUGUGCCUAAAGAGAUGUAUGUUCUGCGCCUCACUCUUUACCUCUUGGGAAGAUCAUCUCUUUCUGUCCUUUCAACCAUACUUUUAAUYUUUUCCAACGAACUCUCAGCCACAGUACUGAGGUCAAGGAUGCAGGGCAUUCUCUUUUUCACCGCCAGAACAGCAGCAACAUUGUCUGCUUUAGUACUUUCAACGAGGCUGUAUUUUGUCCACCUUCCGGCCAUCCUCUUUGGGACCUUUCCCUUAGUAKCGUCAGCAUUUGCCUACUUUCUGCCAGAGUCCUUUAAUCUUCCACCUAUUGAAACCAUCAAGGACAUGGAGAAAAGGUAUGAGUUAAUAAACAAGAGCACCCGAGAAAAACAAAGAAAAGACCUCUUGGCAACCACUGAGUGCUGA